AUGGGUCAAAUCGAUCGGUUGGCGAUAUUCAAGGCGGUGGAUGAGGCCGCUCGGGCGAAAAUGGUUGAGGCCGCCUUGGAGUUCUUUUCGCAGGUCAAGAAGUCCGGAAACCAAUAUUUUUCCAACAACAGCGUGUCCUUCAUCCAGAACCAUGAGGAUCCACGUGCCCACGGUUAUGGUGUGGCGCUGCGGUUGACCUUCGACAACGAGCAGGGCAUCUCCUACUACGACCGGGAGUGCCCGCUGCAUCUAGAGCUGAAGAAGAAAGGCGCCCAGUUGUGCACUGAGCCGCCCCUUGUGGUGCUGACGAGGUCGGAGGAAACCAUCUUCGGGGAAGACAUCGAGGAGGGGGUUGAGCCGUCGGAGGUUAUUCGUAAGAAGCGGGCCAAGGGAGCGUCUUUCCCCAACUAG